AUGCCUGCAUUCAUCAAGUACAUGAAGGAACUUCUUCCCAGGAAAAGCUCACUCAAAGGAGGCCAAACUAUAGUGUUAAAUAAGGAAUGUAGUGCCCUUAUUCAACCUGAAUUACCUGCAAAAAGAAGAGACCCAGGGAGUUUUCACAUCCCCUGUGCCAUAGGGGAAACAAUGUUCGAUAAAGCACUCUGUGAUUUAGGGGCAAGCAUCAACUUACUGCCCCUAUCCCUGGUGAAAAGGCUGCAGAUCAAUGAGAUAAUGCCCACAGAUGUGGUCAUCAGACUAGCUGAUAAGACUCAAAAGCAAGCAAUAGGAGUGGUGGAAAAUGUGUUACUAAAGGUUGGGAAAUACUUUCUCCCAACAGACUUUGUUAUCUUGGACAUGGAAGAAAGUCACACUCACCCAAUCAUAUUGGGAAGACCCUUCCUAGCUACGGCCAAAGCACUCAUAGAUGUGGAGAAAGGAGAGCUAAUAUUGAGGAUCCAUGAUGAACGGCUCAGCUUUAAUGUCCUCAAACUCUCACAAGAAGUAGAUCAAGAGCACAAGGAACCAAGUAAAGACCAUGAUGAGAUGCUAAAGGAGGAAGCAAGCACAGAAGCACACCCAACCUAUCUGGAAACUCCUUUGGUUGAUAAACAAGGGAAGCAGCAACUACCACAGCUCAAGGAGAAGUUAGAAGAACCUAAACCUCUAGAGGCAUGUGAAGAAAACAUCACAAAUCCCUUAGAAAAAGAAGUCAUCAAGAACAAGACAAUAUCAAAGGACACAAGGAAGAAGGUACCAAGGAAGUGA